AUGGGGGGCAGCCUGCGGGUGGCCGUUCUGGGCGCCCCGGGCGUGGGCAAGACGGCCAUCAUCCGCCAGUUCCUGUUCGGGGACUACCCGGAGCGCCACCGGCCCACGGACGGGCCCCACCUCUACCGGCCCGCGGUGCUGCUCGACGGCGCGGUCUACGACCUGAGCAUCCGCGACGGCGACGCCGCCGGCCCCGGCCCCAGCCCCGGGGGUCUCGAGGAGUGGCCGGACCCGAAGGACUGCAGCCUGCAGGACACGGACGCCUUCGUGCUGGUCUACGACAUCUGCAGCCCGGACAGCUUCGACUACGUGAAGGCGCUACGGCAGCGGAUCGCCGAGACCAGGCCGGCAGGGGCCCCCGAGGCGCCCAUCCUCGUGGUCGGCAACAAGCGGGACCGGCAGCGGCUGCGCUUCGGGCCCCGGCGCGCGCUGGCCGCGCUGGUGCGCAGGGGCUGGCGCUGCGGCUACCUCGAGUGCUCGGCCAAGUACAACUGGCACGUGCUGCGCCUCUUCCGCGAGCUGCUGCGCUGCGCGCUCGUGCGCGCCCGCCCCGCGCACCCGGCCCUGCGCCUGCAGGGGGCGCUGCACCCGGCGCGCUGCAGCCUCAUGUGA